AUGGAGCCGGACAACGAACAAGACGAAGAAAAGGAAGGACAAUGGAUAGAGGUCCGCCGCGGGAACAACGCGGGCGUGCGCAAGGUCAGAAUCAAGAACGACAAGCCUAACACGAAGCUGGACAUAGAUCACCGAACUUUCAACCAGACCAUGAAGAAAGCGGGAAUCUCGCUUGAAAACGGAGCAAGAGCAAGGAUUGACCCGAGAACCAACGACUACAUUGUCACCACAAAGAACGAGGUGGAAUAUGGAAGGCUUUGUAACCUGAAGAAGUUUACGAAUGAAAGAGGCGAAAGCACGGAAAUCAAAGUGAUACCAGGCCUCGCAAGCAACCACUCGAGAGGGGUCAUAUACCUGAGAAACCCGGGGAACGAUAUGGAAGCCCUCUGCGAAGAAAUCAUAUGCAAGACGCAUCAGGCCAUUUUAGCGACCAUAAUUGGCAAGAAAAGAACAACAGUCCUAUUAACGUUUGAAGGGAAGGAAUCACCAAAGAAGCUAGCGGUUGGACUUAUCAUUCAAAAGGUCUUCCCAUACACGCCAAGGCCGGUAGUCUGCUACCGUUGCCAUAGAAUCGGCCACAAGGCCGAAACAUGCACAAGCAAGGUAGAAGUAUGUAAGACGUGCGGAAAACCCCACCCAAACGGGCUAGACGCGCCAUGUGGAGGGGACCCCACAUGCGUGAACUGCAAGGGGAGACACCUGGCGCUCAGCAGGGAUUGCCCGAUGAGAGUCCCGCGGAAGGACGGCAAACUCACCUACAUGCAAAACACUGAACAGAAAGGAAAAAGCGCAACUCGCACGGAAACGGCAAAACCAGCGAACAGUGCUGAAAAGAAGACAUACGCAGCUGCAGCAAGAAAGAAACCUGUUGGGGAAAUCAAAGACCCUCUCAUAGCAUUAUUGCGGCAACUCACCAAGCUUCUCUCAGACGAAUAUGGAACCUGA